AUGGCCACAACCAUUUCCAUACCCCGCCGAACUCUUCGUCUCACCUCCGCUACUUUUUGCAUUUUGCAUCGCAGGACACUUGCGACUACCUCAAAAUGCGCUUCUCAAUUCAAUCGAUCCGACUUUUCUGGUCAGGGUUUCACUGGCAGCUAUGAGGCCGGUCUACCCACCACCGGCCCACUCGCUGAUGCGUCAAUAUAUGGCGUACCGCGGAUAACACCGCGCAUGCUGAAGCAGCACCUUGAUCAAUUCGUCGUUGGGCAGGAAAGGGCAAAACGAGUGCUGAGUGUAGCAGUGUACAAUCAUUAUCAGCGGAUACAGGAGCUGCAGCGUCGGGAUGAGGAGGAAGAGGAGCUGUUGCAACAACGGUUACGACGGGAGAUGGGGGAGCGUAGCGGUGAAAGACAUCCUGUAGAGGAUGAAUUUCCCGGUCAGCAACCCACGAUCCCGAUCCAACCGCCGCAGCCCGUAGUACCCACAAGCAGACUCGGUCAAGCCCCGUUAAUCGAUAGCAGUCCUCUGGCAAUCGAAAAAUCAAACAUCAUGAUGCUCGGUCCAUCAGGUGUUGGCAAAACACUCAUGGCCAAGACGCUCGCACGAGUACUCGAAGUCCCCUUUAGCAUGUCCGACUGCACGCCGUUCACGCAAGCCGGUUACAUUGGCGAGGACGCAGAAGUCUGCGUCCAACGGCUGCUAGCAGCAGCAAAUUAUGACGUGGCCCGCGCCGAACGAGGCAUCAUCUGCUUGGAUGAAGUGGACAAGAUUGCCACCGUAAAGGUUGCGCACGGCAAGGACGUCAGCGGCGAGGGCGUCCAACAGGCGCUUCUGAAAAUCGUCGAAGGCACAACCCUGCAAAUACAAGCGAAGCAAGAGCGCGGCGGAGGAAGAAUACCAGGCGGAAGCGGGAUGAACCAGAACAUGAACAUCCCCGGCGGCCCAGGUGGUCUCGGCGGAGGCCCCGGCGGCGGUGCUGGGGCUGGCGGAGCAGGCAUAGGCCCGACGACCGGCAAAGGCGAAGUAUACAAUGUCCGCACGGACAAUAUCCUCUUCAUCUUCACAGGCGCUUUCAUUGGUCUGCAGAAGAUCAUCAUGGACCGUAUCGCCCAUGGCAGCAUUGGAUUUGAACAACCGGUACGAGCAGCCAAUGCCGAUAGCAGCCAAACCACAUUCAGGGGCGAAAAGGAAGUUUUAAAGAAAUAUCUGCCAUUCUUCGACGCCAAUGAAUCCAACCAGAGCAGUUCGCAAAACUAUAACCCGCUCGAUCUAGUCGAGCCUGGCGAUUUGCAGAAAUACGGCCUCAUUCCCGAACUUGUCGGCCGUGUCCCCGUUGCAACAGCCCUGUCACCACUCGACGAGGAGUCCUUGGUCCGUGUCCUCACAGAACCACGCAACUGUCUUAUGAAGCAGUACCAGCAACUCUUCCAGCUCUCGGGUAUUGAAUUGAAAUUCACAAGCGGAGCACUACGCGAAGUUGCCAAAGCCGCGAUUGGCAUGGGCACAGGGGCAAGAGGUCUCAGAACAGUCAUGGAGAGAUUAUUAGCCGAUGCCAUGUUUGAAGCUCCCGGCUCCUCCAUCAAAUUCAUCCUCGUCAACCAAGCCGCGGCCCAGAAGAAAGAAGCACUCAUCUACCUUGCCCGUGGCCAGCAAUUCAAAUUCCAUUCCCUGAUUGCUUCUGAAGAAGAGGAAUGGGAACGCAUCCAUGGAAAAGCUUCCACCCAGGAAUCAGAUUCUCAUUAUUCCACUUUUGAACAGUACCGCGAAAAAGGACGUGCCGCUGGUCUUUUGUAG